GGGCCCCGCUCCCUUUCCGGCGCGUGGCGCGGCGGUGGCGGUGGCCAUGGCGCUCUACAACUUCAAGAAGAUCACGGUGGUGCCGUCUGCCAAGGACUUCAUAGAUUUGACAUUGUCAAAGACUCAGCGAAAGACCCCGACUGUCAUCCAUAAACAUUAUCAAAUCCAUCGCAUUCGACAUUUUUACAUGCGAAAAGUCAAAUAUACUCAGCAAAAUUACCAUGACAGGCUGACUCAGAUCUUAACAGAUUUCCCGAAAUUAGAUGAUAUUCAUCCUUUUUACGCAGAUCUGAUGAAUGUUCUGUAUGACAAAGAUCACUACAAGUUGGCUUUGGGACAGAUCAAUAUUGCCAAGAAUCUGAUUGACAAUGUUGCCAAGGACUACGUGCGGCUGAUGAAGUACGGAGAUUCUCUGUACCGCUGCAAGCAGCUCAAACGGGCAGCCCUGGGACGAAUGUGCACCAUCAUCAAAAGACAGAAACAAAGCCUGGAGUAUUUGGAGCAAGUGCGACAACAUUUGUCUCGUUUGCCAACYAUUGAUCCCAAUACACGAACUCUUCUGCUGUGUGGCUACCCAAAUGUAGGGAAAUCCAGCUUUAUAAAUAAGGUUACAAGAGCAGAUGUAGAAGUGCAGCCUUAUGCUUUUACUACGAAAUCUCUCUUUGUGGGACAUAUGGAUUAUAAGUAUCUACGUUGGCAGGUAGUAGAUACCCCUGGUAUUUUGGAUCAUCCCCUGGAGGACAGGAACACCAUUGAGAUGCAGGCAAUCACUGCCCUGGCACAUCUGCGUGCUGCUGUGCUCUACGUGAUGGAUGUGUCUGAGCAGUGUGGGCAUAGCCUGGAGGAGCAGGUGGAGCUCUUCAAAAAUAUUAAGCCAUUGUUUGCUAACAAGCCGCUUAUAAUUGUUGCAAACAAAUGCGAUGUGAAGAGGAUCUCAGAACUUCCUGAAGAGAGUCAGAAAAUAUUUGAAGCUUUUGAAGCAGAAGGAUUUUCUGUAAUAGAGACAAGUACUCUAACUGAAGAAGGUGUGAUCCAAGUUAAAACAGAGGCCUGUGACAGACUGUUGGCCCAUCGUGUUGAUACUAAAAUGAAAGGAAACAAAGUGAAUGAAGUAUUGAAUAGAUUACAUUUGGCCAUGCCAACCAAAAGAGAUAACAAGGAGCGAUUGCCUUUUAUACCCGAGGGAGUAGUAGCACGUAAGAAACGCAUGGAAGUCGACACUCCCAAGAGGAAAUUGGAGAGAGAUAUUGAACUUGAAAUGGGAGAUGAUUAUGUUUUGGAUCUGCAGAAAUACUGGGACUUAAUGAAUUCAUCUGAGAAAUAYGAUAAGAUACCAGAGAUAUGGGAAGGCCAUAAUAUACUUGACUACAUUGAUCCAGACAUAAUGAGAAAACUGGAAGAAUUGGAGAAAGAGGAAGAGCUGAGAGAAGCUGCUGGAGAAUAUGACAGUGAACCAGAAAGUGAAGAUGAAGAAAUGAUGGAAAUCCGAMAAUUGGCAAGGAAGAUCCGAGAAAAGAAGAAACUGAGAAUCCUGCAGUCAAAGGAAAAAGAUGUUCAUGGUCCAAGGAUGCCUAGAACAGCUAAGAAGGUCCARCGGAAGGUGCUAGAGAAAGAAAUGACUGAUCUUGGACUUGACAUGACCAAUAAAGAUGAUGCACAUUAUGUGAGAAGAUCUCGCAGUACCACGAGGAAACGUAAACGGGAUGAAUCUGAAACCCCCAGGUCGGUGUCGCGCAGUCGCAGCUGCUCUCGCACACCACGGGAUGUGUCUGGCCUUCGGGAUGAGAAGAUGGUGAAGAAGGUCAAGAUCAUGGCAAAGAAAGCUCAAAAGAAAAUGAAUCGCCUGGGCAGGAAAGGAGAGGCAGACAGGCACAUAUUUAACUUGAAGCCCAGGCAUCUGCUGGCUGGAAAGAGAAAAUCUGGUAAAACACAGAGAAGAUAAGCACUCWUGUGAAUCAAAAUUAAAAAUGAAAUGUAUUAAAACUAAUUUCUAGUCCUCUCAUCCUUUUUAGUACUUGGUGUUUAAGUGUGUGGUUUGUCCUAGUGGUUAAAGAUACAUACUUCAGUGUUUCAAUACCUUGAUGUUGCAAUUGCAAGCAAUACUGUGAGAAAUUACUCAACACUACUGGCACAACCCAUUUAUAAACACAUAAAAAGUACUUUCUUCCAUGCUCUUAUUCCUGACUUUCAUGUAYCAGUAAAGCAUUUAUAUUUCUAUACAAAACUAAUUUAAAAUAAGUGAAGUCUAGAAAUGUGAACACUUGUUAA